AUGCCAACACUUAGGGAGCUGUUUGACGAGUUCACACGCUACAAGGACCUAGUCAUUUACCUCGACUUCAAGUCACCCGCAGCUGUCGCUCCCACGCUUCAGAUGGUUCAAGAUUACGGUCUAGAACAACGCAUUAUCAUGGGAGCAGUGCCCCCAGAAGCUAACAGAGAGGUACUUAGACUGAAGCCAAAGUGUGUGCCAGCCACACCUGACAUUAACUCCAUGAUACUUAUGUACUUCUGCUAUCUGGUCGGCAUCCUUUGGCUUAUUCCCAUGCGUCAUGAGAUCGUGGGAACAACAGCGUACAGAUGGGGAUACAAGAUUCUCAACCGUGACUUUGUUGCGGCCUUCCAGCAACGAGGGCGAUGGGUGUCUGUCUUUGGCGAUUACCUCGACCACAGGGAGGGGCAGGAGGACUGCAUGGCCAUGGGGUGUGACAUGCUCUUCUCUGACCGCCCUGACAUUCUCCAUGAUACCCUGGCCAGCCAGCAGUGA